AUGGACUAUGAUGAUAUUGAGACGCUUAUGCCACGCACCAAGGCCGCCAAUGACCGUGCACGGGUUGACAAAACCAAGCUGAAGCGAUUCAUGGCUAUACAAAAGACGUCACGCAGUAGUGUCGCUGCCCACUCGGUCGUUGUGGUUCGAGGUGACGUACGUAAAGAUGCAGAAGGAUUUGAAGAUAUUGAUGACUUUUGGGUCGAUGAGGAAUCAAUGCAAGACGAUUCAGUGGACGACGAUGAUGACUCGCUGACUGUGUCGGACAAAGAGUCGGCGGACACGUCUGGGGACGUUUCAGAGCCGAGUGAGCAUGAGGUAGAGCUGCCAGAGAUUGAGAGUCCUCCAUCUAGUGAUCGUGAGAGCAUGGAUGUCGAGACAGGACCAAUCCUGUCUCGAACGCAGAGAAGUAGCGCCAGUAGUACAGUGGGGCGUGAGAAGAAGAAGAAGGACACCUCGCUUUCACCUAUGCGAAGUGAUGUCUCGUUUGAUUUUGGCGGCUCGCCACAUGGAUCAGUGGAUAUGAAGGAUGAUAAGAACGUCACUAUUCGUAAACGACGCAGUACGAAGUCUACUGGGAAGGAUACUGAGAAAACAAAAGCGAAAGAAAAGGUGAAGGCGAAGGCUCGUCGACGAGAAUCGUCUGGUGGACAUGGCUUUGACGAGGAAACAGUUAGCCCGUUUUCCAUGAAUGAUGGCCCAGUUACUCCACUGUCGAAUGCAAGUGAUCGCAUGCUGAAGCCGAUACCGUCAUUUUCUGAUAAGAACUCGCUCUCACCGAAUAUUAGCAAGGAAUUAUUCAAGAAAGGUGGAUACGGUAGCGAUGCCAGCGACGACAACCCUAAGGGGCAGCAGGAGAAAAAGAAAGUCAAAAAGGCAACUACCGGCAAGCGAUCAACUGGUGAAGCUAAGAAGACGCCUCGACUGCGGCCAACAGGCAAAUAUGGCUACCGGUCGACCCCGCCGGCGACAGAUACGUCGAUUCGGUCCGUGCAGACGGAUGAAGAUAACGACGAAUCCUUCGAGGCGCAGAACGAUUCAGGCGGUGAGACAGGAGACGACAGUUUCUACAACGAGCCAGAAGCGCCCAGUGGCCCGGUUCGAGAUAAGUUGCCUGAUGCUUCGAAGAUUUUAGACGACGACGGAAAUGACGAUGCGUGGGACGGCAGCGGAUUGCGUCGAUCGAAGCGAAGGCGUUUUAAACCGCUUGCCUGGUUCAAGAGUGAGCAUAUGGUGUAUGAGCGCACCUUUGUUGGUGUGGGCACGGUGAUGCCUACAGUAGUCGGUGUUGAGCGUCUUGGCCUUGAUUCUCCAACGUCAAAGCGUACAAAGGCGAAGCCCCCGUCGAAGAGGACUAACAACAGCAGAGCAUUGGCUCUCAAAGAUCUCCCGAAGGACGUACAAAAGAGGAUCGUCGACAGUGAGUGGGCGACGCUCUACGACGGCCAAGCGGGUUGCAUGAACGACCUGAACAUCAUCUGCCGCUCUAGCGAGAUCCGUCUACGCAAACUUCCAACUGAGGAGAGGGGUGGCGCUGUGGUACACGCAUACGCUGGGCAGAGCUUCAACCUGUUCAGCCCGUCUCCAUUUGCUCGGUGGAUUUCUGGACGUGUCGUUCUGCCUCCCGGUGCGUGGAAGGAGCCGGAGGGCGUUGGUCAAGCGGUGCAGUUAUUUUAUGUUACAGGAUGCCAGCCCAAGGCGCUGGAGCUGGCACUGGCGCCAGAGACGGACGAUGACUUUUUCACUAGCAAGCACACGACCCACUUUCUGCUCAGUCCCGGUGACGAGUUCUACGUGCCGGCAGGUAAUGUGUAUUAUGUGAAGAAUCACUCAAGCUCGGCGGAUUGCGACUUGCGUUUCACAAUCUUGAAGCCCGAGGCCCCGCAGAUGGAUGACAACGAUUCGGACGCAGAAAAGGACAAUGAACCGACGACCGAGUCCAAGCCGGAAGCUGCUGGAACAACAACUAGCCCUCUUAAGCGUAAGCGAGAAGAGGGUGUGGAUGCAGAUGCUGACUCUGACACAGUGUAG